CUGUGUUUACGCGGUGUGCGAUCAUGGUGAACUUUAGGACAUUCUGUGUAUAAAAUUGUGUGUAACUUUUUCGUAUUGUGUGUGUAUUAUAAAACUGACUCGGAUUAAACUUUUUGUGUUAGUAUGAGGAUUUUAUUCUGGAUUACGGAGCGGAUGAAAAUGUAAUCCUAAGAACGGAUGUUGGAAUUAAAACUGAGUUGCGAUGGAGUGUUCCAUUGGCCCAACCCGGGUGAUAUCCCUGUGGACUCUACUCAUAGGCAGCUUCAAUAUAGCAGGGCUCCGUCCGGGACCGAGUGUCAGAGCUGAGUCACUGGAUGCGGUCAACCUAUCAGCAGUGUCAGGAGGCGACGCGACACUCCCUUGCGACACUCGCUCUCCGCAGCCUCCUGACGCCUUGUUACUUGUCGUCUGGUAUAAGGAUGACGUGCCGAUAUAUAGCUACGAUGGCCGAGUUAAGGGACCCACAGCGCAUUGGGCGGACGCGUCGCUCGGAGGGCGGGCAAGGUGGCACGCGUCACCACACUCCGCGCUCAAAAUACGUGACGUUGUCCCAACCGAUCGUGCCCUGUAUCGGUGUAGAGUCGACUUCAAAGUAUCACCAACCAAGAAUCAUAAGCUAAUGCUACAUGUUAUAGAAUUGCCAGAGAAACCGAAAAUAUUUGACGAGAGUGAUAAAGAAAUUGUCGGCGUUGCCGGCCCCUACAUCGAAGACACCAAUCUCAGACUUACCUGUGUUGUAAGUGGAGGUAAACCCAUGCCGCGCGUUCGCUGGUGGCGCGGGGACAAAAUGGUGUCAAAGCUGGAUCCAAUCGAAGAUGGUUCUUUACUCAGUACGCUAGAACUAAAGAUACCAAAACUCAAAAGGGAGUACUUUGAGGCUGUCUACACAUGCGCUGCUGAUAAUACUGCGCUGGUGCCGCCAUUGCGCGUCAAUGUGCAGAUCCAAUUGUUUCUGCGACCACUACUCGUGGAGAUUUUGUCCAGAGAACAACCACUAUCUGUUGGUAAUGAAGCUGAAUUAGCCUGCAGAGCAAUUGGUGCAAGACCACCUGCUGUGAUCACUUGGUGGCUUGAUAACAAGGAAAUGACGGUCACUGACCCCCAAAAAGAUUCAGAAGACCGUAAUGAAACAAUAUCAUUUCUUCGAUGGACACCUCGUAUGGAAGACGAUGGUCACACUCUUAAAUGCCGAGCUACGCACUCUAAACUCGAGCACGCUACUCUUGAAACGAGUAUAAAACUGGAUUUACAUUUUAUGCCGAUUGUGACGCUACAGUUGGGGUCCAAAAUGAACCCUAAUGACAUAGAAGAAGGCGAUGAUGUGUACUUUGACUGCAUUGUAAAAGCAAACCCACCUGCGUAUAAAGUUGUAUGGGAACAUAAUGGCCAAGUGAUGACACACAACCAGCGCGCGGGAGUGAUUGCCGGCUCAGCACAUCUGGCGUUGCAAGGUGCGUCAAGAGAACAAGCGGGGAAGUAUGUGUGCAUCGCUUCCAAUGUGGAAGGUGACGGGCGGUCGGAGCCCGUUAAUUUACAGAUAUUAUAUAAACCAGUCUGUAAAACCCCAAUUAAUGCAAUUGUGGGUGCUGCCAUCAACGAAGCUGCAAAGGUGACGUGUGAAGUAGACGCAUUUCCACCACCUAAAAACUUUCAAUGGGUUCUUAACAACACUUCGGCAACAAAGGAGCUUGAUACUGGUAAAUUCACCGUCGGGCCAGGACGAUCCGUACUAACAUUCAUUCCAACGGCAGAAACUGAUUACGGAUCUCUAUCUUGUCGGGCUACGAACCUAGCUGGCCAGCAAAUCGAACCAUGUAGAUACACCCUUCUCCCAGCAGUCAAACCAGACCCACCUACGAAUUGCUCAGCAAGAAAUUUGACGGAUGAUUCUGCAGAACUGCGUUGUGCUGCUGGUUACGAUGGUGGUCUACAAACUACUUACUUCGUGGAAGCAUGGGCUGCAGGCGAGUUAAUCGCCAACGUAUCAACGAUAACUCCUGUCUGGAAGCUUCAAGGCUUGGGCUCUGAGACAGCUUUGAAGCUGGUUUUCUACGCAAAUAACGCACGAGGCCGAUCAGAAGUUACUACGAUCAGAGUGCAUACAUUGUCAAGACUUGCCUUACACACAGAGGCGAAAAGCAACCACGUCGGUGUUGAUACCAGCUGGGCUCUCGGCAUCAUUGCAGGCAUCAUAGGAACACUUGCAGUACUGGCUACUCUAGCUCUACUCGCGAGGAAACGACAUAGACCGCUUCAGUAUGAAGCACCGGUACAAACGGUAAAGGCGUAUAAAGGAUCAAUGCAAAGUGCGAACCACUCACCCAUAGGAGACGACAAGAACCCGGACGUAGUUCCUCUAGGAAAGGACUUCAACUGUACGAGAGAUUGUGAACGACCGCCUGAACCGCCACCCUAUGCUGCAGUUGUCUCGCCACCGGUUGGUUCAUCCCGUAGCGCACACAGCUUGCACGAUACUAGAUCAAAUACACCCCAUACACCGAACACGCCGGCGUCUGAUGCUCAGAGCAUCGGAACAUUGGCUGAUGAUCGGAGAAGUGUGACAAGCGGCACUCUCUCCCGGCGGAGAGAAGUUGUUACUACGAGGACACCUCUACUGGCCAACGCUAGAGAGAGCUGUGUAUAAAUAGAUAGUCUGUAGAUAGAACCUCCAUAGCCUAAGGCCUAACUUGGAAAAUUAUUAUCAAAAAAUUAAUGUUGCACGUUGUACUAAAUAAGACAAUCGCUGAUUGUGUCACACAGUGGUAAUAAUUAUCAUCAAAGUAUAUAUAUGAAUACAGUUCUUAAGUAAACCAGUCAUACAAUUAAAGCAACGACUAGCUAUAUUUAUUAAGAUAGGUUUGAGAGUUUUAUUUAAUUAUUUUGAAUAUCACUUUGGUUUAAAUACUUGAUGAAAUUUAAGGGGAAAAAAUUGCUAAAAGAUUAUAAACACAAUGCAAAAGGAUAUUAUUUUGUUUUUAAAGCUAGAUACAAUUGAGAUAGAAUGAAAAAUUUGAAUCAUUUCAAACUGUGGAACUGAAGCUCAGAGUACAAAGGGGCUAAUUCUUUGAGCAAUAAAGAAAAUUCUUUACAAAGAGAAAUGCCUCGGCAUUCAAAUGGUAAACAUACAAAAAGUCCUAGUUUAAAAUAUUAUAAACGUUUAAUGACAGUAUUAAAAUUGUUUAUCCCUUAAACCUGUUAAUUGAAAUCUUUUCACGAACGAAAUCACUUGACACGUUAAACAGAUUGUCUUUAAUGAAUAAAACGCAUUGAAAUGAUGCAGUCUGGUAGUUUAUUCAGUCGCAAAAAAUACUUUUUGUUAUUGUUAGAAAAUAAAUUAUUUAAACAAAACAAUAACGAAAAAUUCAAGCAAAUUGGAGGUAUUUUUUACUUUAACCAUUUAGAUGGCGAGUUGCACUCGAAUAUUAUUGGAAAAGCUUGUUACCUUUUUUCCAUUCUACCGUGGCUAUUUCAAAUUUUUAUUUAAAAAACAUCAAGAGCACUAUGCCUCGUGUUGGGCGUCAAGCGGUGCAUAGGUCGUGAAUAAAACAUAGGAAGCUCGCAUUGACGCGCCAAGCCUAGAGUAGAAAUAGACAGACGUGACAAAGGUUUUAUAUUUUUUCUGCAUAUUUUUACAGUUUUAAAAUUCUUCGUGUUAUUCUCGCUUUUAUACAAUGCGUUUUAACUGGUAUGACCUAAAUGACUAUGACGUCGAACUUACAUCUCAACUGUCUAGUAAAUGAUUAAACCAAAAACAAAUACUAACAGGUUUUAAUUUAUUAAAAAUAACUUAAAUAUAUUUUAAAUGUGAGACUUGGGUAUCUGAUAUGAAAUGUACAUUCCUUACGCUCACUACAUCUGUAGACCUUGCCUAGCUUAUCGCCUACUGUAAUGUCUACGCCGUAGAAAAUUCUUGCAAUCCUCGUAUCCUACGCGUAUCAUGUAACUCACUCCAAAUACUUCACUGAAGUAUUUUCGAAUAUAUUCGUCUUAGGGACCUUCAAGAACAGAGAGUCCAAUUGUUAAACGGCAAUGCACUAGCGAGCACUCUCGCAAUAUGAGUGCCCAUGCUGUAUAACUUAAUAUCAAAUAAGCCCCCUGCCCGUUUCUCCUGUUAUAUAUUUUUUUAUAAAUAUAACAAAUUUAACGAAUUAGGUCCGUAUGAGAAAAAGCAGCCUUCUUACCUAAAAACCACCCGUACUCCAUGGUCUUGAGUCUCUUCCUCAAUUGGAAUAAAGUUGAAAGAACCUUGCCCUUUUAACUGAAUCAAAAAUUUUAUAUUAAAAUGGAAUGUUUAUCAUAUAAUCCGUAAACUAAAGCUGGCACACUAGAUAUUAAAAAUAGCGCAUACAAUUUCUGCUCAAAUAAAAACUGUUUCUCUGUUGAGAAAUGUGGGAAAACCAGAAAACGGGCCAAGGCUGAGCGGAGCGCUUUUAAUCUAUUUGUACCAAAAUAAAAUUAUGUUGCAUAAAAAAAAAUUCGCCCGAUGUCAAAUAUAAAAACACUAAUAUUAGCUAAAUUUCUUUUAUAAAAGACUGUUUCCCUAUUUGUCUAGAUAGUAAUGAAAUUUAACUGUUGUAUAUAAAUAUGUAUAUAAGU